CCAUUUAGUCCCGGUUUGAGAGGCAGUGGACGGCGGUAUGUGGCUGUGGUUGCUGUUCGCGGCGGCGUUGGUGGCGGCCAAACGAGGCCCCUCGGCCCCAGAGCCCGUCAUCGAAGAGGUGACGGCAAAGCAACUGGAACGCGUCCUCGCCGAGAAGGACUACGUGGCCGUAUUCUGGUAUGCAAGAAGUUGUACUACCUGCGAUAAAGUCCUGUACGAACUUGAACAGAUCGACGAUGACACCGAUACAUUCGGCGUUGAUUUCGUUAAGAUCAACGAUAAACGACUCGCGAAACAGUAUGGAAUUACGAAGUUUCCGGCCCUUACUUAUUUCCGGGAAAAACAGCCCAUCAUCUAUGAAGGUGACUUAAUGGACGAGGAAAACGUUUUGGAGUUUUUAACAAGUUUGGAAGCGAUGGAUCUUCCCGAUAGAAUAGAAGAAGUGAACGCGAGGAUUCUAGAUAAAAUUGUACAAGAAACUGAAUACGUAGCAGUGUUAUUUUGUCCGGAAAAAUCUUCGUGCGAUCGUCUAGGUGUAAAUAAACCGGAAUGUAAGAAAUGCAGUAAAGUUUUACAAGAAUUGGAGAAUAUUGAUGACGAAGCGGACCAAUUGGGUAUUGGUUUCGUGAAGAUCAACGAUGAAGCCCUCGCCGAAGAAUAUAAUUUAGGUCUAUUACCAGCUUUGGUUUAUUAUCGACAUCAAAUUCCAAUUAUUUAUGAAGGUGAAUUAACGAGAGAAGAAGAUGUCUUAGAAUGGUUAGUUCAACAUAAAAGCACCGGCGAUGAAGAAGACAUCAUCGAAGAUGUCACCUUAAAAACGUUGUCCACUCUCAUUGAUAGCGUAGAUCAUUUGGCCGUCCUUUUUUAUGAUCAUGGAGAUGAAGAUUCGAUGAAUGUCCUCGAAGAGCUCGAAAACAUCGACGACGACUGCGAUAAACACGGAAUACAAUUUGUAAAAAUCGAUGAUCCAAGCGGUGCCGACGAAUAUGGAAUCGAUUCGAUUCCAGCGGUGGUUUAUUUCGAAAAGGGAAUACCCAACGUUUAUGAUGGAGACUUGGAAGAGGAGGCCGAGCUCCUCGAUUGGCUCGUACAUCAACUUGAAAAAGACGAAAUUGAAGAUGUUACCGAUGAAAUGUUGGAUAAAUUAGUUAAAGAUGGAAAAACUGUUGCUGUACUUUUUUAUGAUGCCGAUGAUAGAAAAUCACAAAAAGUUUUAAACGAAUUAGAAAACAUCGACGACGAAUGCGAUAAAAUGGGCGUUGUUUUUGUAAAAAUCGACAAUGCGGACGAAGCGAAAGAAUACGGCAUUGAAAAAAUCCCAUCUUUAGUUUAUUUCGAAAAGGGCAUCCCCACUUUAUACGAAGGCAACUUGGAGGACGAAGAUAAAGUAUUAAAAUGGUUCGAACAUCAAGUAAAAAGCGAUGAAAUCGAAGAUAUCACCGAUGAAAUGUUGGAUAUGAUCUUGGAGCGAAUGCAAUAUGUUGCAGUAUUAUUUUAUGAUAAAGACCAAAAGAAAAGUCAAAAGAUUUUAGCUGAAUUAGAAAACAUCGAUGACGAAUGCGAUCAAAAUGGAAUUGUUUUUGUUAAAAUCGACGACGAUAACGAAGCCAAAGAAUACGGAAUUGAUGUAAUCCCUUCGUUAGUUUUGUUCGAAAAGAAAAUACCUCACCUUUACGAAGGUGAUUUAUUAAAAGAAGAUGAACUCUUAGGUUGGUUAUUACAUCAAAAGAAACAUUCUGAAAUUCCGGAUAUCACCGAUGAAAUGAUGGACAUUUUAAUUGAAAGAACGAAAUAUUUAGCGGUUUUAUUUUACGAUAAAGAUGAUAAACAAGAUAUAAGGGUUUUAAAUGAACUAGAAAACAUCGACGAUGAAUUAGAAAAAGAAGGAAUCGUAAUCGUUCGAAUCGAUAACGAUGCUGAAGCGAAAGAAUUUGGAAUCGACCAUCUCCCUACGUUAGUUUAUUUCGAAGAUAAAAUCCCAUCGAUUUACGAAGGUGAUUUAAUGAACGAAGAUGAAGUUUUAAAAUGGUUAAUCGAACAAAAAUCGACUGCAACAAUCGAAGAAGUCACCGAUGAAAUUUUAGAAGAUUUAAUCGAAGAACACGAAUACGUGGUGGUUUAUUUCAGCGGAUCAUGCGAUUCGGGAGAACAUUGCGAUAACAUUUUAGAGGAGUUAGAAAAUAUUGAUGAUGAAUUAGAUGAAACCGGAAUCAUUUUUGUUACAACGGAAGAUCAAAGUUUCGCGAAAAAGCACGGAAUUAAAUCAUUCCCGAAAUUGGUCUUCUUCAGAAAUAAGGAACCUUUAAUUUAUGGAGGCGAUAUCGAGGAUGAAGAUGAAGUUUUAGCUUGGUUAACCGAUGAGGAUACUUUGGAGAUCCCCGAUAGAAUCGAAGAAGUUAAUACGAGAAUGUUGGACAAAAUUUUAGGGGAGAAUGAACACGUCGUUGUAUUUUUCUAUAAAGAAGGGGAUAAAAAAGCCCAAAAAAUUUUGCAAGAACUCGAAAACAUCGACGAUGAGUGUGAAGAAAAGGAUAUCGAUUUCGUUAAAACAUCCGAUGAUGGGAUACAAAAAGAAUAUGAUUUACCAUCUUUACCCGCUUUGGCUUUUUAUCGAAACCGAUUUAGAGAAGUUUACACUGGCGAUUUAAUGCACGAAGAGGCUAUUUUAGAGUGGGUGUUAAAUUUACGCGAUUCAAAACCGGAUGUUAUCGAAAAUGUUGAUAGAAAAACUUUACAGGUAUUUAAUUACUUUUAGUUUUAAUUGAUAUUCAGCGUUAGAUUGUAUAUUUUUAUGGAACUAAAAGUAUACCAUUUCAAGUGCAAAUUGGCACUAAUCAAACUUAAAAUGGCAUUAAUCAAUUACAAAUAGUCUCUGUUAAUAAAU